AUGGAGCAGCCGGAGGGUUUUAAAGUGAAGGGAAAAGAACACAUGGUUUACAGGAUGAAGAAGAGCCUCUAUGGUUUGAAGCAGGCACACAGGCAGAGGUACAAGAAAUUUGAUUCUUUCAUGUUGAGUCAUGGCUACCAAAUGAUAGUUACAGAUUCGUGUGUAUAUUUCAGGAGAAUUUUAGAUUCUAGCUUUAUUAUCCUUUUGCUUUAUGUGGAUGAUAUGUUGAUUGUUGGUCAGAAUAGUCAGAUAAUUAGUGGACUAAGGAAAGAGUUAUUUAAAUCUUUUGACGUAAAGGAUUUAGGCUCCGCACAACGGAUUCUUGGUAUGGAUAUUGCUCGUGACAGGAAAGCUAGGAAGUUGUGGUUAUCACAGGAGAAAUAUAUUGAACGGCUACUUGAUAGAUUCAACAAAAAAGAUGCAAGUCAGUCAGUGCUCCUCUUGCAGUGGUAUCAGAUGAACAAUCUGAACAUCUUUGAGAAGAUAGACGAUGCAACUACGGAAAAACAAGCAUGGAAUAUUUUGGAGAAAUCAUAUCAUGGAGGUUCUCUUUUGUGUUCACCAACAAAACAGACCCUGAGCUCUCAAUUGGCUGUUGUUCGGUCCCAAAAGGAAAGGUCCCAGGCUCUGUUUUCGGCCAAUAGCAAGUGCAGGAGCAGAGACACAAAACUUCCUGCAGUAAAGUCCCGUGUGUGGUUCUUUGGUGUUCGGUUUCUCCAAAAUCAGGUAAAGAAGCUUUGCUUUCAGGUUUUUAUAAAAGCUUACAACUUUGAUACUUGGGCUGAUCCUAUUGCAAAAGCCAACAAGUGGUAUCAGAGCGGUGUAUUCCUAAGUACCAACCAAGAUCUGAAGAGAUGA